AUGGGCAGGGCAAGGCAGUGCCAGCGCCCUUCUCCCGCAGCCCCCGAGGACGGUCCCCACACCCUCGUCGUCAUCGGGCGCCGCUUCCCCCUCUACUCCCGGCUGCCGGGUGGAAGCAGGGAUGCGGAGGGGAGCUCCUCACUAGCUCAUCAGCUGGGCAAACAGGAUGAUGGCCCUGCCUGUGCACCGAUGCAACGAGCCCUGCUGUCACUCACCAUCCCACUGGAGAUGCUGCAGCUGGUGAAGAGUCGCAUGAUGGAGGCCAUGCUCAAGGGGCUGAGCCGUGAGACCCAUGCACAGUCCUGUGUGCAGAUGUUGCCCACAUUCAUCUGCUCCACACCCGAUGGCACUGAGAAGGGCAACUUGUUGGUGGUGGAGCUAUGCCAGAAGCAUGUCCGGACCUUGUGGGUGAAGCUCCUGGGAGAUGGCAACUACAGCCCUGAAAUUAUGUACAAAAUUUUUGACUUACCAGAGAGCGUCAUGCAGGGCAAGGGGGAAGAGCCUGGGUACAAGAAGAGGGGAGUAGCCAGUCACUCAAUGUUGUAUUUGCAGCUCUUUGGCUUCAUUGCAAAAUGUGUGUGCCAGUUCCUGUCUGGCAUCGACAGCCCCCAGGCCCCCAUCCCCUUGGGCUUUGUCUUCCCCUUCAGCUGCAAGAAGAAGAAGCUGGAUGAGGCUGAACUCAUCUCCUGGUCCAAGGGCUUUUGCUGCAGUGAUGUGGAGGGAAAGGACGUUGUGCAGUUGCUGCAGAAAGCCAUCAACAGUCAGGAGGUCUACAACGUGGAUGUUGUUGCCCUACUGAAUGACACUGUAGGUACCAUCAUGACCUGCAGCACGCGGGACAAACCCUGUGAGAUUGGCUUAGUAGUGGACACUGGCACCAACAGCUGCUUCAUGGCUGAGGCACAGCUGGUGGAGAUGGUGGAGGAAACCAGUGGGCGGAUGUGUGUCAACACUGAGUGGGGCUCAUUUGGGGACGAUGGCUCCCUGAAUGACAUCCUGACCCCUUAUGACCAACGUGUGGACCAGGAAUCCAGUGACCCUGGAUUGAAAAGGUUUGAAAAGCUGGUGGGGGGCCUGUACCUGGGGGAGAUUGUCCGGCACGUGCUGGUAUCUCUGACUGCAGAGAAAGCACUCUUCGUUGGGAGCAAUGUCAGCACCCUGAGGACCAAAGAUGUGAUCAGGACAGAGCAGGUCCUUGAUAUCAUCGAUGGCGCAGAUGGCAUGGAGACAGCAAGGAAGAUUCUGGAGGCUCUGGGGCUGAGCCCCAGCGAGCGGGACUGCUGCCGGGUGCAGCAGGUCUGCCGGGCCGUGGUCAGCCGUGCUGCCGCGCUCUGUGCCGCCGGGCUGGCCGCCAUCCUCACCCACAUGCGUGAGGCCCGGGGUCUGGAGCAGCUCUCUGUCAACGUGGGGGUGGAGGGACAGCUGUACCAGAGGCAGCCAAGGUGACGCCGUGAAGUGGACCUGCUGCUGGCACCACUGCAGCUCAGCUAUGAUGACCUGAAGCACGUCCAGGCGCUGAUGAGGCAGGAGAUGGAGCUGGGGCUGGGGCGGGACACCCACGCCAAUGCUUCCGUCCGCAUGCUGCCCACCUAUGUCUGCGCCACCCCCGAUGGCAAAGAGCAAGGCAAAUUCCUGGCACUGGACCUGGGGGGGACCAAUUUCCGGGUGCUGGCGGUGCAUGUGGGGAAGGAAGGCAUCCGUAUGGCCAGUGAGAUCUACGUCAUCCCGACCACAGCCAUGACAGGCACUGGCGAGGCGCUCUUUGACCACAUCAUGGAGUGCAUCAUCGACUUCCAGCAGAAGCAGGACCUGAUGGCGCAAGUCCUGCCACUCGGCUUCACCUUCUCCUUCCCCUGCCAGCAGCUGGGUCUGGAUAAGGCAGUGCUGCUGAACUGGACUAAAGGCUUCAAUGCCUCUGGCUGCGUUGGGGAGGAUGUGGUCCGGCUGCUGAGGGAGGCUGCCCAGCGCAAAGAACACUUAGGGCUGAAGGUGGUGGCUGUGAUCAACGACACGGUGGGAACCAUGAUGUCCUGUGGCUAUGAUGAUCCAAAUUGUGAAAUCGGCCUUAUUGUGGGGACAGGGUCCAAUGCCUGCUACAUGGAGGAGAUGAGGAACGUGGGAACCGUGGAGGGGGAGCAGGGACGCAUGUGCAUCAACAUGGAGUGGGGGGCCUUCGGGGACAACGGCUGCCUGGGUAGCAUCUUCACCGAUUUCGAUGAGCAGGUGGAUGAGAAAACAAUUAAUGCGGGCAAGCAGAGGUUUGAGAAGCUCAUCAGUGGCAUGUACCUGGGUGAGAUUGUGCGCCACAUCCUAGUGGCAAUGGUAGAGAAACAGCUCCUAUUCCAUGGCAAGCCCUGCUCCAGUCUCAUGGAAAGAAACAUCUUUCAGACCAAGUUCCUCUCCACCAUCGAGGUUGAUGGGCUGGCCCUGCGGCAGGUCCAGGGCAUCCUGCAGGACCUGGGGAUCCAGGCCAGCUUCGAGGACAGUGUACUGGUGCGAAAGGUGUGCCACACUGUGUCCCUACGGGCAGCCCAGCUCUGUGCUGCAGGCUUGGCUGCUGUGGUGGAGAAAAUGCGGGAGAACCGUGGCCUAGAUAAGAUGGCUGUCACCGUGGGGGUGGAUGGCACCUUGUACAAGCUGCACCCAUGCUUCUCCCAGAACGUCCAGAAGACACUGCGGGAACUGGCACCCAACUGCAACGUCACCUUCCUGCAAUCAGAGGAUGGCUCAGGGAAAGGGGCUGCACUCGUGGCAGCCGUGGCCUGCCGUGGGGAUGAGCUCUAA